GCCGUCACAUUCACUGCUCUGUCAAUCGGUGUUGUUGAAUUUUUUUUCUCCUUACCAUAUCAUCCACCUCUCAAGCAGCCACCAUGAGCCAGCUAGAGACAGCCAUGGCCAUUCUGAUGAAGGUCUUUGACCAAUAUGCUGCUGCCGAUGGCAAGACCGGCUCCCUGAGCAAAGCCGAGGUGAAGACUUUGCUGGAGAAGGAGCUGCCUCAACUAAUUAAGGCAGCAAAGAACAAAGAAGAUGUAGACAAGCUGAUAAAGAGUCUGGAUUUCAACGGAGACGCCGAGGUGGACUUUGAGGAAUUCGUGGUGCUGGUAGCUGCUCUCACCUGUUCCUGCCACGGCCGCCAAAGCAAGAAGUGAGCAGGGUGGCCGCGCCCCGGGGUGGGGCCAAAUGGCAGCGACAUACAAUCCCCUGUAGUUACUGCUUUCUGUUACAGCUCAAUAAAAGGAUUUACGUACCUGUG